UAAAACAAAUAAUUCCAAUAGGUCCCCGUACCCUAUUUCUCCACGAACCAAAACGGUAACGUAAUAAUGUUAUCACACACUCGUCACGCGCAUCUUUUUCUCUCGCCUAGUUUUUCCAUCCCCCAAUUUACGCGCCGCCUCUAUAACAUCGCUGCCCCAACUCCACUCUCAUUGUUAUAUUCACGCAAGCAAAACAAGACAACAACAACAACAAAAAAUUCAUUCUCUCAUUUUUCUCGUUCAACAAUGGGAUCUCUCUCCGCCGCCGACGGACCGCUGAAGUAUCCAAUUGCUCGCCGUGACGAGUCUGUUGUGGAAGAUUAUCACGGCGUCAAGGUCGCUGAUCCUUAUAGAUGGCUUGAAGAUCCUGACGCUGAGGAAGUGAAAGCGUUUGUUCAAGAGCAAGUUAAAUUAACGGAAAGCGUACUAAAGAAAUGCGAUGCUAGAGAAAAGCUUCGCGAGAAUAUUACGAAGCUGUUUGAUCAUCCGCGCUACGACGCGCCGUUUAAACGAGGUGAUAAGUAUAUCUAUUUCCACAAUACUGGACUUCAAGCUCAAAACGUCCUCUACGUGCAGGAUAGUUUAGAGGGAGAAGCCAAGGUUUUACUUGAUCCGAAUGCGCUAAGUGAGGACGGAACGGUGUCGUUGAACACACUUUCUGUUAGUGAGGAUGCUAAGUAUUUGGCUUACGGGCUUAGUACGAGCGGGAGUGACUGGGUGACGGUUAAAGUUAUGCGUGUUGAGGAUAAAUUUGUUGAGGCUGACACAUUAUCUUGGGUUAAGUUUUCAGGUAUUAGUUGGACACGUGAUAGCAAAGGGUUUUUCUAUAGCCGUUACCCUGUUCCUAAAGAGGGAGAGAAAAUAGAUGCCGGGACGGAGACUGAUUCCAGUCUUUAUCAUGAAGUGUACUAUCAUUUCUUGGGUACAAAUCAGUCUGAAGAUAUUUUAUGCUGGAAGGAUCGUGAGAAUCCUAAAUACAUGUUUGGAGCUAGUGUAACGGAUGAUGGGAAGUAUGUUCUCUUGUAUAUCGAUGAGAGUUGUGAUCCUGUCAACAAAGUAUACUAUUGUGAUAUGUCUGCACUUCCUGAAGGUCUUCAAGGUUUUAGGGGAAGAAAUGACUUGCUCCCAUUUACUAAGCUGGUUGAUGACUUUAGUGGACAGUAUAUUGCCGUUGCAAAUGAUGACUCAGUUUUUACUUUUUUAACUAAUAAAGAUGCUCCUAAAUAUAAACUAGUCCGUGUAGACUUGAAGGAGCCAAGUGUUUGGACGGAUGUUGUCCCGGAAGCUGAAAAAGAUGUAUUGGAAUCAGCAAUUGCUGUUAAUCGUGAUCAAAUGAUUCUGAGUUACUUGAGUGAUGUGAAAUAUGAUCUACAAGUAAGGGACCUGAAAUCAGGAUCUCUACUACAUCGGUUACCGAUUGACAUUGGCACAGUUAAUGGCAUAUCUGCACGUCGGAAAGAUAGUACAGUAUUUUUUGGAUUUACUAGUUUCCUUACCCCUGGUAUCAUAUAUCAGUGCAAUUUAGACUCUGAAGUUCCGGAUAUGAAGAUAUUUCGUGAAAUUAGUGUGGCAGGGUUUGACCGAACAGAGUUCCAUGUAGAUCAGGUGUUUGUUCCCAGCAAGGAUGGUACCAAGAUACCAAUGUUUAUUGUGGCCAAGAAGAACAUAAAACUCGAUGGUUCACACCCAUGUUUAUUGUAUGGAUAUGGUGGAUUUAACAUUAAUCUGACACCAUCAUUCAGUGUUAGUCGCAUUAUACUCUCGAAGCAUUUGGGUGCUGUUUUUUGUAUUGCAAACAUUCGUGGUGGUGGAGAAUAUGGUGAGGAAUGGCAUAAAGCAGGCUCACUGGGGAACAAGCAAAAUUGCUUUGAUGACUUUAUUUCUGCUGCUGAAUAUCUUGUAUCUACUGGUUAUACCCAGCCGAGUAAGUUAUGCAUUGAAGGUGGAAGCAAUGGUGGGCUUCUUAUUGGGGCUUGCAUCAAUCAGAGACCGGAUCUUUUUGGUUGUGCUUUGGCUCAUGUAGGCGUUAUGGACAUGUUGCGAUUCCACAAGUUUACCAUAGGUCAUGCAUGGACUUCUGAUUAUGGCUGUUCAGACAAGGAGGAAGAAUUCCAUUGGCAAAUUAAGUAUUCUCCACUGCAUAAUGUGCAAAGACCAUGGGAACAGCGUAAUGAUCAACCUCGACAGUAUCCAUCCACCAUGCUGCUUACUGCCGAUCAUGAUGAUCGAGUUGUGCCAUUACACUCAUUGAAGUUGUUAGCGACCAUGCAGCAUGUUUUAUGCACGAGCUUGGAGACUAGCCCCCAAACGAACCCGAUAAUAGGUCGCAUUGAGUGUAAAGCUGGACAUGGAGCUGGGCGUCCAACACAAAAAAUGAUUGAUGAAGCUGCUGAUCGAUAUAGCUUCAUGGCGAGGGUGUUGGACGCUACUUGGAAUGAUUAGUAGCUCACUUUGUGUAAGAAAUGGACAAUUGUUCUACAGAUGAAAAAACGGCGCUUUUCCCCUUCAUUAGCAAGUAGAAAGUGUGAUUACCACCACAAAUAUCAAUUACAGAUCCAUAAGAUUUUUUCUUUUUCAAUUCCACAACAGUAAUGCAUUUUUAAAACUUUGAAAGGUAAGCCACAGUGUUUUGCAAAAAAGUUAUUUAAGGUCAGGUUACAUCACUGUACUGUUGUAUGCAAACGCAGCAAGAUAAUGUAUCAAAUUGAAUAAAUAAAAGAUUUAAAUGCACCGAUUACUCAA